UGCUACGAUCCCAAUCAUUUUGAGCUCUUGAAAUUUUGAUUUGAGUCAUGUUUAUAUAUAUGAAGUUAUAAAAUUAUUCAGUCAAGCAUCAGCGAUGAAGGGAUUCGGGCGAAAAGUUUUCGUGCUAAUCGUUGUUUUGAUCGGUAGCACGAAAACGUUUGCGCAGUCGGGAUUGGUAGGAAACAUCGAAGACUCGAAUCCCAACGAGGAUGCAGAUUUGACGACGAGGGAAUUGAUUAAAAAGUACGGAUAUCACGGCGAAUCCCAUUUCGUUACUACCGACGAUGGAUACAUCCUCGAAAUGCACAGAAUUACGGGCCCCAAUGACAACGCGAAGGCUGAAGGAAAACAGCCCAUUUUAAUGGUACACGCAUUUCUGAGCAGUUCAACCGACUGGAUAAUAACCGGCCCACAACGAGCACUUGCUUAUCUUUUAGCUGACGCAGGAUACGACGUGUGGAUGGCCAAUUUACGAGGCAACAGUUUCUCACGUCACCAUGUGAAAUACUCUUCUCUGAAUAAGGAAUUUUGGCAAUUCUCAUGGCACGAGAAUGGAGUGAGCGAUUUACCAGCAACGAUCGAUUACGUUUUAGAGAACACGGGGAGAGAAGAGCUCAUCUACUUGGGUUAUAGUAUGGGCACAUCUGCAUUUUGGGUAAUGGCUAUCGAGCGACCAGAGUAUCAGGAAAAGAUCAAAGCGAUGUUCGCACUCGCUCCCGUAGCUUAUGUAGCUCAUGCUAGAAGUAUUUUUUACCAAUUUUUCUCGACGUUCAGCAACAGUAUCGAGAAACUUUCGUUUCUUCUGGGACGUUAUCAAUUUGAUCCUUCGAGCGAUGUUUUGAAGGCAAUAGCAGCUUUAGCCUGUCACGACGACGCCUGGACUCAACCCCUCUGCACGAACAUCAUGUUCCUCAUCGGUGGUUUUGGUUCUGACCACCUAAACACGACGAUGUUGCCGGUCAUUCUCGCCCAUGCUCCAGCGGGCGGAGCGGUCAAACAAUUCGUUCAUUACCUCCAGCUCGUCAGGGACCAGGAGUUCCAGCAGUACGAUCACGGUUUUUGGGGAAAUUGGAAAAAAUACAAGCAGUUACGUCCCCCGAGGUACGAUCUUUCAAAAGUGAAGGUACCAGUUUACCUGCAUUACUCGACCAACGACUGGAUGGCUGACCCAACGGACGUUGACCAUCUGUACCGAGAGCUUGGCAAUCCAGUUGGCAAAUUCUUAGUACCGCAUGGAAGUUUUGGUCACCUCGACUUCGCCUGGGCAAAAGAUGCCAAAGAAUUGCUUUACGAUGAACUUAUAAGUUACAUAAACAAAUACAAAAAUCGGUCAGUCGAGUUUUCAGCCAUCGUUAUGCUAGAUCCAAAAUACUUUGCAUUCGCCGUUUUCGGCUUCUUCGUCGUCGAGGCCGCUGUCAUCUCACGCUCAGAUGUUCUCGAAUACAAUGAAGAUGCCGAUCUCUCGACCAGACAACUGAUACAGAAAUACGGAUACAACCCUGAGAUGCAUUAUGCGACAACUGACGACGGAUACAUCUUGGAGCUUCAUAGAAUCACUGGGCCUAACAACAAUGCCAAAGCUGAGGGCAAGCCAGUCGUAUUUUUGAUGCACGGAUUGCUCAGUAGUUCCGCCGAUUGGGUUAUAACCGGGCCACACCGUGCGUUAGCUUACCUCUUAGCUGAUGAAGGUUACGACGUCUGGUUGGGCAAUACUCGAGGCAACACUUUUUCCCGAAAGCAUAAGAAAUACUCAACACUCGAUACGGAAUUUUGGCAAUUCUCAUGGCACGAAAUGGGAUGCCACGAUAUUCCAGCAAUGAUCGACUACAUUCUGAAGGAAGCGGACCAAGAGCAGCUCAUUUACGUGGGUCACAGCCAGGGUACGACUGGUUUCUUUGUAAUGGCAUCGGAGCAUCCGGAAUAUCAAAAUAAAAUAAAAGCGAUGUUCGCACUUGCUCCCGUCGCUUAUAUGACCCACAUGACGAGUCCUUUCUACCAAGUAAUUGCGAGAUUCGCGAACAAUAUUGAGCUUCUGAUGAGGCUUCUCGGAUUCAACGAGUUCCAACCGACGCCAGAAGUGGUCAACGAAGUGAUGAAGCUGGUUUGCGACGAGAAGGCUUGGACUCAGCCGGUUUGCAUGAACGUAAUUUUCCUCAUUGCUGGUUUCGGUUCGGACCAACUGAACAAGACGAUGCUGCCAGCGAUAUUGGGACACGUUCCUGCGGGCUCGUCCGUCAAGCAGGUCGUCCAUUAUGGCCAACUGAUAAAGGCUCAAAAAUUCCAACAGUACGAUCAUGGCUGGUUUGGAAACUGGAGGAAAUACAAACGCCUCACACCACCGCACUACGAUCUUUCGAAGAUCAAGGUACCAAUAUCCCUCCAUUAUUCGUCCAACGACAUGUUCGUUAAUCCAAAGGAUGUUGACCGAUUGCACAAGGAACUUGGCAAUCCUGUUGGCAAAUUCCGAGUGCCACACGAAAAGUUUUGCCAUCUCGAUUUCUUGUGGGCAACCGAUGGCAGGCAGCUGAUUUACGAUAAGCUUGUCGGCUUGAUGCACAAUUAUCGAAACUGAAGCGCGAGAGCUGCAAAGGAGAAUUUGUGACAUCAUUUAUUCGUCGUUUCUAGUGAAAAUACUUCGCUUCUUUGUACAUAUUUUGUCCACAGCUUUUUACGUAGUUCAUAUUUGCCAAGUGAAGAUUCGCUGCCUCGCCCGUGGCGUCGAUCCUAUCGACUAAUCUAAUGAAAAGAUAAAAUAAUGUGAUGCCAAGUACCGUUAUCCGAAUGCCCAAGAUAACAGGAAAAACCUCCGUCCGUAAAAAUAAGGAAACAUCGAAACACUUUCUAGAAUUUCGGUCUCCCAUUCACUUCCAUUAUCCACGAAGGGCAAAUCCAGCAGGAAGGCUAAACCUGUACGAAUGAAUCAUCAUUUUGUGACACACCGUGACUGAUAAAUGCUCGAAUUGGAUACGAAGAAUCGGAUAUGAGUCAGUUUCGUCCAUGCGCAAAGAUACACGGUGUUCGGAACGUUGCGAGUUACUUUUCCGAGAACAUGGAAGGCAUGAAAAAACGUUGGAAAUGGAAGUCCAGCUGUUCAUAUGAGAAAUCUGCAAUUCCCCGAAGAUCACUCCACCGCUGGCGUGAUGCAGCUUCUCGUGAAAGAUGAAAAGGAAAGUGUGAAAUUCGUAGGAGAAAACCCAUUUUCUCGUGCGCUUUGAGAAAUUAUUUCCAAACAUCGAACUUUUUUGUAAAAAAGUUUUUUCAAUCGUAGAAAAUUGCUGUUGCUCGGAGCAGAUUGGUCGUAAUUGCGGCGACGAAAUGAGUGUCGACUUUUCGUACACUUUGUACAUCGAUGCUGAGUUUGUGCACGA